AAACAUAAACACCUGCACUUCAGUUGUGAUUUGUCAAGGCAUACAAAAUAAAAAUAAUAAAAAACUAAGGUUAGUUAGAGUCAAGAGUAUUGAUAGAUAUCUAAAGUGAAAGAGUGAGGGAGAAAGCUUAGCUAAUAAAUCCAGUCAGCUUGACAGAUAAAGAGAAAGAGAAAGAGAAACCCAGUUUAAUAAAAACAGACUUCGGGUGAUAAAAUAGACAUUCGCACAGUUGAACUGGUUAGUGUCAAUUCAGUAGGUGUGAAGUUAUUGCGAUAACUAAAACAAACAACAUACAGAAAAGAAAAGCGCAACAAAAGGAUCAACGACAAGAAAGAAAAUUUAUUAACGAAGUAAAAGAAACAACAAACAAACUACAAUUUGGAAAGCGCACGCGGGCGUUGUGUGUACUUAGAGCGUGACUGGGUCCUUUUAUUGACUUUCAGCAUUCAGGUACAUAAAAGGAACACUCAAAACAGAGGACAACCCAAACAGACUGGAUAACUUUCCACAACACUCAUCAAUUGUCAACAGCAAUAUUAAGAAGAUGUCUGAAGUUAAAAAUAAUAAAAAUGCGGAGCACAACUUAGCCAAGAAACUGGGUUUCCCAACUGAAGAAGGAUGCCAUUCGAUGGCGAAUUUGCUCAAAGAGUGUUUAUCAAAUGAUGAUGUGAAGCAAAUGUAUUCAGAAUGGGGUGAAACAGGGACAUACGAUAAGUCUAUGAGUAAGAAUGUUUACAAGGGACCGUAUCUGGUUUCCAAGGCUGUCAACGACAACAUUCCAAAUAAAAAUGCUAAAAUUCUUGAUAUUGCUUGUGGUACAGGAUUUGUUGGUGAACAUGUAUGUAUAGAAAUUUCUUUCUAACUCAAUCAAUCUUGAAAGAAGUAUUGUUAUUACUG